AUGGCUCAAUGUGAAUGUCCAAGAAUCUCUACAGCAGAUACACUUGUGUUUGGGGCUAUCCAGAUUUUGAUUGGCACCUUUCAUAUUUUCAUGUGGUAUUUCCUACGGGUUUUGUAUAUGGGGCAGAUUAAAGGAGUCUUUGGGACAUAUGAACCUAUAACUUACAAAACAGGAUCUGCUUUAUGGGGAAUUUUUUUUAUCAUUUCAGGAGUCUUCUUAAUUAAAAUAGCAAGGCAUCCAACUCCACAACUGGUUACAUGUGCUUUGGUCCUGGCCAUCUCCUGCAUAAUGAUUACACUUGUUGGAAUAGCGUUGACUAUAUUUGAGUUGUCUAGGUUUGGUUCUGUGUCAUAUAGAAAUUAUGGACAAGCGAGACUUGGGAGGGAAGUUUCCCGGAUUUUGCUAUUCUCUUACCACUUGGAAUUAGUUCUUGUAUUGACAUACUCCAUCUUUGGCUGUGUUGAUUUGAAUCGUGGUAAUGAAGAUGAUCGUGCAACUGUUAGAGAGGAAGCUGGGAGGAUUUCUUAA